UUGACAACUUUAAGUGAUAUAGGGCCUUAAAGAAAUCGAUUUUUCGUUAUUGGGAAUUGCUUCAUUCAUCACGCAUACACGAAGACGGCGCAUUUGAUGUAGCGUGCAAAUUGUUCAUAACAUCUACCACUACGUUUGAAUUGCAAAAUAAAGAUUACUAGCAGCUGAUUGGAAAUAAAUUUCCCUAAAAGUAGAUGGAAAUUCCUCAUAUUCUUUCUGCGGGCAUCACCCACGAAAAAAGUUGAUUUGGUAAAUAUUUACUCAUAGUUGAUGCCAUGGACGAGGUUGAUAAAAUUAUCGUGUAUUCACUGAGGCAAAUUGGUUGCAAAUUAGAAACAUAUGACAAUGAAAUAUUCGGGCUUGAACAUUUUUCACCGGAUCUUCUUGUUAAAUCCGUCUCAAGAUGUCUUCGGGAAAUAAAGCCGGAUGCCCUAUUACCUUCGUCUCUUCCAGAGAGCAUGAACAUGGCACAAAGAUUUACAAUUGCCUCAACAUUAGCAGAAGUUGUACUGUCCUGUGGAUACCGGGGUGAUAUUGGAUAUCAGACUUUCCUGUAUCCCAGUGUAGUGUCAAUUAGAAGAUUGUUUAUGUUCCUUAUAGAACAAUUGCCCAAAGUACAUGAUAGUUCCCAAAGCAGUGAUGGUACCAAGGAACGAAAUGAGUAUUCACAAUUUAUGAAGGAGAUCAAACGAAAGAUUUCAAUGGAAUUGAAUUCUCCAUGGGUUCCUCAGUAUUGCAGGGGCAUAGCCAACCGAAAAACAAAUGGCGGUAGUAGUCUUACAAUUGAUUUCCUCCCACAAUUGAAUUUGCACAUUCCUCAUUGUAUCGAAGGCGGUGUAGUAUCGUUGAAGGAAGUUUCCUAUCAGGUUCCGAGUAUAUUUCAACAAACUUCAGCCGUCGAGUACGAUUUAGUAAGUUCUGUGCUACAUAGAAGUGCAAUAGAUUUAUACGAUUCAAGACAAUCUCCUGAGGUUAUUCGAUUGACUGGAAACAGGGUGAGCACUUUAGCUGCGUCGAUUAAACCUUUACAUGCGGAACAGUUGUCCGAAUCCGAAUCUAUUGAACAGAGGAAAGUAACAACACCAUUACAAAGCUUGUUACUGGAAGUUGAGUCUUUAAAAUCCAAAAAUGAUUGGUGUAUUAGAGAAAGACAGCAGUGCAAUAACGAACUCACCCAACUUAGACAAAAGCGUUGCAACAUUGAAGCAUUCAUCGGGACUAUAAAACAAGGCGUAAAAAUACAUGAGCGGACUUGUGUUAUUUUAGAAAACCCGACAGAUAAUAUUAGAAAGCUUGAAGCAUUAAUAGACAAAACAAGAGAAAGACGACAAGCGGUUGAGAAUCAAUGGCAAUUGCAUCGUGAGCCGGCAAUAAAAAGGAUUGACGAACUACAAAAAUUAAGACAAACAAUAAAUCUGCAAAACAUUCAAGAAUUAAGGGAAGCUAUACAUAAAUCUGAAAGAAGCUUGCGAGAAAAAACAAACGUACACGCCCAAUUGGCUGACGAACUGAAACGUAGCUCUAUAAAUGUGGCUCCACGCAAGGAGUACACGAAACGUAUUUAUGAGUUUAUUGGAAAUAUUCGUAAGCAACGGAAUGACAUACACAAAAUUCUCGAUGAUACUCGCGACUUGCAGAAGCAGUUGAAUUCAGUCUCAGAUCAGCUACAACGUCAAUUUAAUUAUACCGAUGAUCUGCUUUUUCAGAGUGCCAAGUUACACGUGCAUGCAAAAAACGCUUAUAAAUUACUCGCUUCCUUACAUGCUUCGUGCAAUGAAAUAUGCGAUAUGGUUUCACAAACAGGGCAAACGACAAAAGAAAUCAGAGACUUUGAGGUUCAAAUUGAUCGCGAGCGCAUGAAUAAGGUCGACGCAAGUUUGGCAAAAAUAACAAAAGAUAUUCAACAAUUUCAGAUUGCCAAAAAAGAAAUGCGAUCUGCAAACCAACUUGAUAACAAAAUACUCAGCAAUUAAAAAUUCAGUAAUAAAGAAUGCAUCUUUACUUAA